GAAAAGAAAGAGAAAAAGACAUAGUUAAAUAGCCCCGCGCAUUUUCCUGAUUACCUAGAGUCUGGGCGAGAGCUCUGAUUUUCAGACCAUCCGUCAAUCUCUCACGUCAGUGAACUGACCUAGAGCUGAUCAAGACUCGCCUUACUCCGAAUCAAGUCGCACUGCCGAUGCGCCUUUUCCGCCAUCCAUCGUCAUCAGCUGGUGUUGGUAGAAGGCGUGUCUAUGCCGGCGCGCCUAUCCUUUCACUUUGAGUAUGAUCUGGGCGCCCUAAAACGCUACGAUGGAGGGGGAUCCAGGUAGCGGGCCCUCCACCAGCCAGGCGUCAUCCUCGUCAAAACCAACCCCGAAACAUGAAGCAUCUGCCACCUCCGGCGCGUCUGGAGCCAGUGGCACUCCAAACCCCCAACUUUCUAAGCGAAGACGAGGCCUCGGCGUUGUCACGCCGAACGCGUGUACCGAAUGUCGGAAGAAGCGUGCCAAGUGUGAUGGCCAGAAACCAUGCGGUCGUUGCAAGUCGCAGAAAGAUAUUGAGUGUGUAUAUGAAAUUCCCGUGCGACAGUCGAAAGAAAACUUGCGCCACGAAAUCGAAGCUCUGCGACGCCAGCAACGGCAAAGCGAUUCCGUUUUCUCCGCCCUCGUCCGUCCCGAUCUAGUAGAGGAGGUCUUGCAAAGGCUGCGACAAGGACAGUCCGUCGAAGGUAUCUCGGAAUGGCUCGGUGGCGGCGGCGGCGGCGGUCCUCCUCCUUUACCUGCACCGGGGAGCGUGUUGUCGGGGUUUCCUCGACCGAGCGAAGCUCGAGGUGGGGUCACGCUACCUCCUCUUUCAACCUAUGGAGGCACGUUAGCUGGCCCUGGGGGCUAUAAUGCUUUGGGAAUGAGUCCUGUGACGGCACAGGGUCAUGGAAUGAACCAAGACUUUGAUCCGAAUAGCCCGUGGAACUUUUCAUCGCACAGUCAGACCGUGUCGACCCGGAGCGAUUCGCAUCCUGAUAUUAUGCAAUGGACGGCCGAGGCCCCGCCGCGCUCACGCGUUGGAUUAUGGCUCCAAGAUCAGUCGUCGGUAAGAGAAGGCCCUCGAUAUCGUGGGGUAGAUCAAAUCCUUGCGCCGUUCGAUUCGCCCGAGAUGAAGGUCCCAGCUGGAACGUGGACGACGGUUACUGUGGACAGUGGUUUAGUCUCGCAUCUCCUGGCCCUAUAUUUCUGUUGGGAAUAUCCGACCUUUGCCUCCCUCAGUAAAGAACAUUUCUUGAAAGACUUUCUCAGCGGAAGGCACCGGUACUGCUCACCGAUUCUAGUGAACGCGUUGCUAGCUCUCGGGUGUCGAUUCUCAACCCAGCCAAACACGCGAGCGAACCCGAACGAUUCUCGUACAGCAGGUGACCAUUUUUUCAAGGAGUCGUUGAGGCUGUUUUACCGAGAAAAUAACCAUCAUAAUUUAACCACUAUUCAAGCCUUAGGGAUAAUGUCCAUUCGGGAAGCGAGUUGUGGGAGAGAUUCGGAAUCUUGGUAUUAUGCAGGGCAGAGUAUACGGUUAGCUAUCGAGAUGGGCCUACACCGCCUGCAAAACGAUGGUGACGAAGAUGAAAUUGCCGUGCAGGCCGCGACAUUCUGGGGUGCCUUUGCCUUAGAUCACGCGUGGUCCCUUGCCACGGGCUCCUUGCCCCAAUGUUCUUGCUUCCCGCACUUGCCACCUAAGCCCGCAAUUAUCGACGAUAUAGAAGCAUCUCUAUGGGUACCUUAUACUGAUGAUGGGGCUCCCCUUCAACGAUCAUGUGAGCAGCCUUCUAACGUUCGAUCCGUUUACAAAUGCUUCUGCGAACUUAGCGAGCUUGUCCAUCAGUCACUAUACGUCCUCCACUCGCCCGGAAAGCCGGUGACAAGCCGAGAUUUACUAGCCAUCUAUACGCAGUACCUGAAUUGGUACGAUAGAAUUCCCGAGGUUCUACGAUUAGGACAUAAUUUUACGCCGGCCGUCCUCUUUGCUCACAUGUACUAUCACUUCGCCAUCUUACUCCUUUUUCGUCCACUCAUAAAACUGAGAAUCAUUGGCUCGGGUAUACUUCCUCGCGAUGUCUGUGCUCAAGCGGCAGAUGCUAUCCAAGGCCUCCUGCGUUCGUAUUCUCAACUAUAUACCCUUCGACGUACACCGUCGUUCGUGCCGUAUUUUGUACUUACAUCUUCUAUAAUGCACCUUGCGGUGGGUGCAGAGGCUUCCAAGGGACAGUAUACCUCUCCGGCCGAAAUAUCAAAUCCUUCAACGGCAAAACCGGAAGACGCCGAGAACGAUCACAGCCAUGGACGACUAUCAUCAAGCAUGAGAGAUGAGCCUGAACCGACAUCGCCGUCGAGUACAAUCACCGCAAAGCUAAGUCCGAGAGUAGCUGAAGCUUUGAACCAGGGAAUCGCGCAUCUGACGGAAAUGGCGCCCUGCCAUCACUUCGCGCACCAAGCACUAAAUAUCCUCCAGUAUCUCGCCAAGAAAUGGAAUAUCGAGGUAGAUAUCCCACCUAGCAGCGGCGUAUCGGAUGAAGUAGACAAUUCGGUCCGGCCAACUACUAGCAGCCUCAAUUUCUUCUCACCAAAUGUCAACGAGGAGGACUUUCUUUGUGCGUGGGGCACGCGAGACAUCGGCGGCGCCGGAAGCGGAGCAAGGAAGUAUUCUACUUCCACUUCGCAGACUCAUAUCAACCGUGGGGAGAAAAUGGAGGGCAUCAUCGAAGGAGGUCGAUCAAAGGAAAGAGCAGAACAAGAUCCAUCGCCCAGCUUUCGACCUAGGACUAGCACAGGACCGAGGACGCCCACACAAAACCUGGAAAAUCCACUGUUUUGGCCAUUUCCUAUGCAGGGCCGUCCCAUGUUGCCGGAGGGUAAGCAGCUUGAGGAAGCCGGAUUUUGUCCCUUGUAAGUUUGUCAAAACCGGCGGGUUUGAGAUGACAACAAACUCCGAUUUCCAGAGUUUCAGAAAUUGGGUCCUAGCAGAUACAGCUACACCUAGAGUGGCCAUUGCCAAUUGAUGGAAGAAAAAUCUUCUGCCAUCGAAUUUAGCACCGGGAGUUGCCGUUCUCAGUAACUCAUUUGCUAAUUAUGGUUUUC